AUGGGAUCUGUGCAACUCCCCUCUACCGGCGCGCUCACUCCUCCAGCCACACCUACUAUUACCCGGCACCGAGGACAAUCAUUUCCUUCCUCACCACCUCAGGCUAUUACCUCGCUAGCGCAGCACGAUCAGAGUCCGUCGCUCGGUGUCCCCAAGGAGUUCCCUGUUGGCACUCAGGACUACGACAUGGAUAUCGCCAAGCCAUUGGGCACCGGCCUUUGGAGCAACGUCUUCCUGGCGAUACCAUCUUCACCUUCCACCACCGCCAGCGACCUGACGCCGCCGGUCACUCCAGUCAAAAGCGAGCACAGCCGCUUCGAAUCCUCCACCACCGCUCCGCCUCGCGCCUACGCCAUCAAGAUGCCAGCAGGCAGAUCCGCCAAGGCCGUCCUCCUGGCCGAAGCGAAGGCCCUGUCUCAGCUGUCCUCUAUACCCAACAGCCAAGACCACGUGGUGCCCUUCUACGGGUACGAUCCCCGGAACGGCGCCCUCGUCCUCGAAGCACUACCGCAGAGCCUCGAAGACUACGUCCUCCAGCAGCUCAACCCUCUCGACGCGGCGACGCGGUCUUCUAGCCUCACAGCUCUGUUCCCUAGUUGGGCAUUCUCUCUCGCUAAAAGCCUGGCUUGGCUUCACGACACCACCAACUUCGUCCACGCGGACAUCAAGCCCGGCAAUAUCCUUCUCAAACCCACUUCUUCACUGCCUUGUAGCGACGCUAUAACUAGCAGUCACAACGACUUCAAGCCCCUCUACGCCGACUUCUCAGCCUCCUUCCACCUCACCGCACCGCCCGAGAAGCCGACCGCGGGCGCGACAUGGGACUUCAUGGCGCCGGAGCAGCUGUCUUCAAAUCGAGAGCUGAGCGCGCCGACGCCGGCAUCGGAUGUCUAUGCCCUGGCUGUUACGCUGCUGUUUGUAAUCAUUGGGGAUUCACCGUUUGCGGCUGCGGGUAGCAAUCGCAUCUUGAAGAGACACAUGAUUGCCCAAGGAGACGCCAUGGGGUUCGCUAUUAACAACGAUAAUGUUGCGCGGCAGAGAUUAGAGGACUUGGAGGGGAGAUUGGAGGGGAGGUGUGAUGUUGGAAGGGUCUUGAGGAUGGCGUUGAAGAAGUCGAAAGAGGAGCGGCCCAGGGCGGAGCAGAUGGCGGAUUGGCUCGAAGUAGACCUUGGUGAUCCGCCGCAUGCACUGUAG